GGCAAUAAUCAAACCACUUCUCACAGAUCCCUUCCUACCGAGCAUGCAUCUUUCUCCAAUUCUUCUCGCGAAUAUGCCAAUCAAUACAUAAUGAUCGCAGGUGGUCCAUCAGUAGUAAUUUAUCAAGGCUUGGUUGAUCAAAUAAUUUCUAUCGAAAAUCGAAUAGAAAAUGCUGCUAAUUAUGAGAAGGUAAAGAGUGAAUGUCUGAAAGGUAUUCAGCAACGUUUGGUGAAAUAUUUCCCUGUUCAUUUUCAUGAUACAGUUUCGGAAAAGAUAGAAGAACAAUUGGUUGACCUGUGGCAUAGCCCCAAUUUUAAAGAGGAAUACUUUGCGAAUAGAUUCCAGGUAGAUCCAUACUUGGUCUUGCCAACUGUAUUUAAUAAUUUGGAGAGAGGAAUCAAAUUUAAUUUGAAAAGAACUUGCUUGUUCCAACCAGCAGGUAGACAAUAUUAUUUCACAACAUGCUAUUCGAAAACAACUGAUAAUUUUCCACACAGCCGUAAUCAAAAGUUGACAUUUGAAUUAUUUGCUAAUUGUUUUUCUGCUGAUACUUGGGCUGAUGUAGUUGGAGCAUCAUUUUCUCUAUCUGACUAUGAUAACAAUCAAUAUUUAGAUGAAUUUUAUCAAGUGUGUAGAAGAUUGUCUGGAUUUUCUACAUACAGAAUGAUUUUAAUAUUUACUCAUCUUGAUGUUCUCAAUGAAAAGAUAAAGUUGGGACUAAUUAACUAUGGAGGAGAUAAAGAUAUAGAAAUUCGAAAAGAAUUCAAUCAUAUUCCAAAAGAAUGUGCUCUCAUCAUUGAAUAUCUCAUCAAAGAAGCCAAAAAAAAUAUAGAAAUGAAUCCAAGCCAUGACUUUCCCAAUAGGACAUUGGAAUACCACAUUGUAAAUACAUCAAGUGACAGUGAUAUGAAAGAAUUAUUGGAUUGUAUUUGUAUUGGAGCAAAUUCUAAGAGAAAAUGCUUCAUAUCCUCUAAAAUUGAAAUGCCACCUUUCUCAUAUCCUAACACCAGAUUCAAGAGCAACAUGCACAGAACCUCAGAACUAAAUCAGUUUUGUGAUAUUGCAAUAUUGCUAAAUUGACUUUAGUUUUCCAUUUCCUAAAGGUCAGAACUCUUCAAAAUAAAAAAUGAGCCAACAAGAAAAGGAGGAAACAGUGGCACCAACCAAAGAAGAAUCACCACAGCCAGUUUUUCCCGAUGAUGUGAUAUUUGAAAUUAUUUCCUUCAAUAAUGAUUUUAAAUUUACAGUAAGGAGUUGUGCGUUGGUUUCUUCACAGUGGUUUAAUGUCAUUUUGGAAAGAUCAAAACUUUCACUCACACACAACAGUAAAAAGAAAAUUAAUGGCCAAUUUUUACAGCGUAUUGUAGCUGUCAAUGGGAUGAAAAAAUGUGAUUGUAUUCCAUUUCUUGAUCAAGUAUUUGAUCUCAAGAACUUGACUACCCUUGACGUUAAUUGUAUGAAAAUUAAAGAUGAAGGAGUAAAGAUAAUAAGUGAAAUGAAACAGUUGACCAAUCUUAAUGUAGGCAGCAGUGGUAUUAGUGUUGAGGGAGUCAAAUAUAUCAGCGGCAUGAAUCAAUUAACUAAUCUCAAUAUAAGCCGCAAUAAUAUACGAGCAGAAGGAGCCCGUUACGUUAGUGAAAUGAAACUAUUAACCAAUCUUAAUAUUUAUUUAAACGGUAUUAGAGCAGAAGGUACCAAAUACAUCAGUGAAAUGAAAGAAUUGACUUGUCUUAAUAUAAUGAGUAAUGCAAUUCACGAUAAAGGCGCAGAACACCUUCGUCAAAUGCCUAAAUUGAAUACACUCAAUAUUAAUUCAAAUAGUAUCAGUGUAGAAGGAGCCAAAUUUAUUAGUGAAAUACAGUCAUUAACUAAUCUUGAUAUUGGUUUCAAUACUAUUGGAGAUGACGGUGUCAAAUUUAUAAGCAAAAUGGAAAAACUAACAAAACUUUAUACAAUGUACAUUAAUAUUGGAGAAAAAGGAGCCAAACACAUUAGUGAAAUGGAACAAUUAACUAGUCUCAAUAUUAAUUCGAAUAAUGUAGGAACAGAAGGAGCAAAGUACUUAUGUGAAAUGAAACAUUUAACAUAUAUGAAUAUUUGCAACAACAAUGUAGACAAACAAUCCCAAUUUAUCAAAGAUGCUACAGUCUGUUUCAUCCAAUGCUGA